UGUGGUCUUUGUAAGUUUUUGUCGCCCAUGCCUUCCGCCCAAACCGGUAAAAUGUCGAAACGCGCUCCCUGGUCCGGCCGGCGGCGCGGUGUUUAAACCGCACUUUCCGCUCGAAAAACCCGUUCAGACUUCCGCUCCUUUUGUCAGAGAACUCCGAGUGCAAGUAACGGUUCCUUGGAGCGGUGUGUGCCGAAUCGACAUUUGUCGCGAGCUCAGUUGAUCUCGGGAGUGCUGCCGCGUCGCAAGUAUCCCUACGAGGGCCCAGGCUAGAGAACCAUGGCAGCCAGGCGUCGUCUCAUCGACAUCGGUGCCAACCUGACCGACCCUAUGUUCCGUGGCCUGUACAACGGGUCACGCAAGCACCCUGAUGACUUCGACCAAGUGUUGCAGAGGGCACAAGCCAACGGAGUGCAUAGGAUACUGGUGACGGGAGGCAGCCUGGAGGACAGCCGUCAAGCUCUGGAGCUGGCUAGCGCCCACGGGGGCCUGCUGUGGAGCACGGUCGGCUGCCACCCAACCAGGUGUGGGGAAUUUGAGGGUCCACAUGGUCCACCUGACCGCUACCUGGAGCAGCUGUCAGGGCUGGUGCGGCAGGGUGCCGGCAGGGUGGCUGCCCUGGGCGAGAUGGGACUCGACUAUGAGCGGCUGCAGUUCUGUGACCGUGAGACGCAGCUGCGCUACCUGGAGCUGCAGCUUCAGUUGGUGCGCCCCAGCGGAGGCCUGCCACUGUUCCUGCACUGCCGCAAGGCCUCGCCCGACCUGCUGGACGUUCUCAGUCGCAACAGGGGCCUCUUCACCGGUGCCGUGGUGCAUUCAUUUGAUGGCAGCAAGGAAGAGGCAGCUGCGUUCCUGGACUUGGGCCUCUUCAUUGGCAUCAAUGGCUGCUCCCUCAAGACUGCCGAUAACCUGGCGGUGGCUGCCACUAUCCCCAGGGAACGACUUCUCAUCGAGACAGAUUGCCCGUGGUGCGAGAUCCGUCCCACACAUGCUGGAGCCAAGCUGAUCCGAACAUCAUUUCCGGCCAAGAAGAAGGAGCGAUUUGAGGCCGGAUUCAUGGUCAAAGGCCGCAACGAACCUGCAAACCUUGUGCAAGUGCUGGAAGUCUUGGCAGGUAUCCGUGGGGAAGACCCUGAUGCCCUGGCUAAACAAGUGCACAUCAACACCUGCCGCCUCUUCUUUCCUGGUGAGGAGGAACUGGUGGCCAGUGACCCAGCACAGUUCCUUCAGUAAAAGUGAAUGAGCUGUGAUGAAGACAACGCAGGGGAAACUGUGUUUCGUCAGAUAAAUAUGUCUAUGCAAACACUUCACAA